GUCUUACGUAGACACAUUAUACACUGUGUGAACGGCACCACCAGACCGUUGCGACUCUCCGCUCAUAUGGCAUCGUGUCUAUGUAAGUGUCAAUGGAACCCUUCAUUGUCUCACGGACUUCCCAGGUUCGGAGAUGACCGUAGCUGUCAAUCCUAGUAAAUCGAGGUUUGCUUGACAUUGACUUCCUUCCUUUGCUAGUCUGGACAGACUUCCUGUUUCUCAAGUGUAUUCCACGAAUGCUCCAGUGCAGUGAUCCAGGGAAACAUCAGCAUGAAGGGAAAGGCACGAGUGUUUGUGAUCGGCCCUGGCUUCAUUGGGCAUAACAUCAUUGAGAUUCUCGUCGAAGAAGGAUACAGUGUGCACGCCUUGACACGACGAGAGCAGCAUGCAGAAGCUAUCCGAAACUCCGGAGCAGCCCCAGUGAUGGGUCAACUGAGUGAUCUCGACCUCAUUGAAGAACAGAGCUCGAAAAGCGACAUCAUCUUCCAGGUCGCCACUGGUGAUAAUUUACCUCUCGAAGAAGUUAUCCUAAACGGCGUCAAGAGACGUGCCAAACAGGGCAAGGCGACAAUGUACAUUCAUACAAGUGGCGCGAAGGUCUUUGACGAUGGUGCUAGAGGAAUGUUCAAGUCCGAGAGGAUAUACUACGACGACAAGCGCGAAGAUAUGGACAGUGUUCCGGACAACGCUCCACAUCGAGACGUGGACCUGGCCCUGGUGCGUGCUCAAGAAGAAUUGCAAGAACAUCUCCGCCUGGCUAUUGUCCUUCCGCCUGAAGUCUAUGGAUACGAUUCGAAGCACGAUAGGCUGUCAAUGAUGAUUCCAAACCUCACACGGUUCGCCAUCAAGCAUGGCUAUGCUCCUGUCAUAGGAAAAGGCCUGUCCGUGGAGACGCAGGUACAUGCUAUGGACCUCGCCCGGGGCUAUGUGGCUGUUUUGCAUUUCCUGGAACAUGCCAAUCAGGAAGAGGUGCUAGCCAACCCUUACUGGCUUUGCGAGAACGGCGAGGAGUUCUCGUGGAAAGAAGCGGCCGAGGUCAUGGGCCAAGCAUUGUACAAGGCAGGGAAGAUCAAGGACCCAACUCCCAAAAACCCGCCCAGAGAGCUAUAUUCUGAACUAUGUGGCCAGAAGACAGAGAGCUACAUGGGUCUUAAUUGUCGAGCUAGAGCUGUGCGACUGAGAAACCUUGGCUGGCAGGCCCGCGAAAAGGGCAUAUGGGCGUCUUACUUGCAGGAUGAGUUACCUGUCAUCCUGAAGCAAGUGGACAGAAAUGUGACCUAGAG